AUGAAGAACCCUCUUGUUUCUUCAACUUUGUGCCUCUUGUUGCCUGCGUUUGGCUCUCGGGCGGCUGCUACGUGCCUGCAUGAUGAUUCGUUGGAAACACACCGCUUGGGAAGCUGCGACGGAUUCAGCGUCGGCCCCCUUUCGGGAGGAACCUUGUUUCAGCAGCUGAGUCAGGGAGGCUUGAAUAUUCCGGAUCAGGCAUCAUACAGUUGCACUUUGACCUGUGAUAGUGGUGGUGGAACCACCAACUUCUACCUUGUCUUUGGCUCCAGCGGCUCGCCAUCUUCCACCAAUGCCAAUGUGAAAAGUGAAGGCUCUUGCAAUGCCGUGGUUACUGGAACGAACCCCAAUGGUAACGUGACGUAUGUAAGAUACACCCUCAGUAUCACGGGAGGAUAUUCCAAUUUUAUGAUUUCUUGCACCUGCGACAGUGGCAGCAGUGAUGGCGAUGACGACAAUGAUGGACCGCCGGGUGGUGGUUGCUUUUCGGUCUCUGAUACGGUCCAGACCAAGGCUGGGAAGACGGUGGCAAUGAGCGACUUGGUGGUGGGAGAAAACGUUUUGGUCGAUCCUUUCAAGCAACUCUAUGAACCAGUCUACAGCUUUGGUCACUAUCACAAGAGCUGGGAGGCGGAGUUUGUAGAGCUUCACACAGCAGGUUUCGCACCUCUCCAAUUGACAGCCAAUCAUUUGGUUCAUAUCCUUGGUGAAUCGGAGCCCGUAAGGGCCGACCAAGUGCGAAAAGGAGAUUUGCUCUGGUCCAUGACAGGUGCAGAGACUGUCACCGCAGUCAAAGCAACAAAGAAGACUGGACUGUACAUGCCGCUCACUCCUUCAGGCAAUAUUGUUGCGAAUGGGAUCGUGGCGUCGACUUAUGUGUCCAUCCAGAGCUAAGCCUCCUGUGGUACAACAUUCCUGGUUAAGAUCGUGGUUGUCAGAGCACAUGCUCGUGCAUGCCUGGAUGGCACCAGUACGGUACACCUGUCUGGGUUUCUCUUUGAAUCUUUGCCCAUCAGCGAGCAACGAGAGAUCGCCUACGGGUGUCUUCAUCCCGGUGUCUUGUCGUGGCUCUUGGUUGGCAAAAGCCUUGCGGAAUGGGGCAUUGCACAGACUUUGCCAGUCCAGUGGAUGGCGGGUCUUCCUGUUGCUGCGAUGCUGUCUCUGAUGGUUCUGUUGGAAUAUCUGUUUGGUGCUUUGCUGGCUCCUUGGAUGUUUGUCCUGGUCUUUUGGGGACUGGCCAGAUGCUGGAGGAAGAAGAGGGCUAAAGGUUGGUGGCUCUAGCUAGAACCGUGGCUACAGGUAGAAACCUCACACACGGCAGAAGGAUUAAAUCUGUCGGCGUAUCUAUGCCUCUAGAACUUGAAAACUGACUGUGUAAG